CGCGUCUCUCACCUCGUGCGCACGAACAUUUCAAUCUUCAUAUCCCCAUCAUGUGAGCCGUAGCUGUGGAUUUGUUGAGAUGAUGCGCGACUAGUUGGCCAGUCUUUCGUGCGGCGCAAUCUCGACAAGACGCGACGUUAUCUUCCAGUCAGAAGCAUUCGUGAUGACGCGAGCUCGCACGCCAUCUGUGCCUGCAAUUGACACCUUCAAGUACGGCAAGAAUGCCGAAAACGACACGAUCUCGUACAAUUCAAAGCCGGGUGUAUGCAACGUGCAGUACGUUCCUUCAUUCGUCACCAAUACUCUUUCCUACUCAAAUCCCGCGCAAACAUGACUGCUGUCGCGGCAGUUCGAGGAAACGGCAUUGGAGAUCUUGUCGACUCAAAAGCACCUCCUGUAGAAGUCAUUGAGACCAUCCAAGACUCAACCAAGAUCACGGACCCCGCUGGACGACAUGUCUCUGAAGAUGAUUGGGUCUAUCCACACCCUACUGACUUCAAGUUGAGCGAACAUCCGAUCGACGAUAUUCGCAAGUUGAAGGUGGCUGUCAUUGGAGCUGGCCUUGCUGGUGUCACUGCCGGCGCUCUGCUACCCGCGAAAGUCCCUGGCAUUCAAUUGACGAUAUUGGAGAAGAACUCAGACGUGGGCGGUACAUGGUUUGAGAAUCGAUAUCCAGGCGUACGUUGCGACAUACCUGCGAACGUUUACCAAACCAGUUUCGCUCCCAACACCCAGUGGAGUGAAGAGUACGCACAAGGCCCUGAGAUCCUUGCGUACUGGAAGAGAAUUGCAGAAAGAUACGAUGUCUACAACAACAUUCGGUUCGAAGUCAAGGUGCUCAAGGCCGAAUGGGAGCCGCAAAAGGCACAGUGGGGCCUUCAGCACAAGGAUCUGAAGACAGGUGUCACAAAGACUGAGUACUUUGACUUUGUCAUCUCGGCAAUCGGUCACUUCAACGAGUGGAAGCUCCCCGACUAUCCAGGCAUCGACCAGUACAAAGGUCAUCUGCGCCACUCAUCCAACUGGGACCCGACCUUCGAUCCAACUGGUAAACGAGUCGCGACCAUCGGGAAUGGAGCUUCGGGCAUUCAGGUGACUCCCGAACUGCAGAAGGUCGCGAGCCAUGUAGAUCACUAUGCUAGGAGUCCAACCUGGAUAGCUGGCUCGUUCAAUGGUUCAGCCCGAGAACGUCAAGCUACUCCGCUCAGCUUCACGCCUGAAGAACUUGAGUCCUUCAAGGAUCCAGCGACCUAUCUCAAAUUUCGCAAAGAGCUCGAAGGACCUUUCUUCAGACGCUUUGAUGCGGUGCUAAGAGACUCAGAAACAAGUAAGAACGCAGCUCGCGACUUCAGAGAACUCAUGAGGAAACGGCUAGUCGACAAGCCAGAGCUUCUCGAUCAGAUAGUCCCAGAUUUUCCCCCCCACUGUCGUCGACUCACUCCUGGUCCUGGCUACCUCGAGGCACUCACCAAACCAAAUGUCGCCUUCAUUCAGACUCCAAUCUCCCACUUCACGCAUGACGGUAUCGUGACACAAGACGGCCUUCACCGACCUGUCGACGCUGUCAUCUGCUCUACUGGUGCGAACGUCGACUUCAGUCCUCCGUUCUCCAUUAUUGCUGGCGAUUCUGACUUAUCAAGAGACUGGAAACCUGAUGGUAAAUUUGGUUGGCCGUAUUCAUAUAUCGGUCUUGCCACUCCAGGCUUUCCCAACCUCCUCCAACUCCAUGGACCCAACGCUGCUGGCGCAUCGGGGUCGGUUCCCCACUCAGUCGAGAGUCAAGUGGCAUACAUCGCUAAAGUACUUCGAAAAGCGAGCAGCCAAGGGAUCGCAACGAUACAGCCAUCCAAGGCGGCCGCUGAUGAUUUCGUCACCUACUGUGACGCGUUCUUCCCUCGCACCACCUUCUCACGUAAGUGCAGCAGCUGGGCCAAUGGCAGACGUCCAGGCGGAAGGAUUCAUGGUCUUUGGCCUGGUAGCGCAAGCCAUCUUGCUGUCGUCCGACGAGAACCGCGUUGGGAAGACUGGGAGUACACCUACGUGCGACCUGAGAACAGAUUUGCAUAUUGGGGCAACGGGUGGACGAGAAGAGAACUCGACCCUGACAGCGACACGACAGCCCACUUGAAACUUCCGGAGGACAUCGACCUAAGAGAUUUGCAUGAGCGAUGGUGGGAUCUUUAGAGAAGCAUUACAUACUAUAGACAUGACCAUAUCAUACACGUGGAAGUAACGCUUUAUCAC